AUGUCCUUGAGCCGCCAGCCCAGCAUCUCAAACUCGCAGCCGAAAAAACGUAACCGCCGACCAACCGAGAAGCAGCGGCAACUUGAUGAGACACAGAAAGCAAGUGACGCAGACAGGGCGAAGAAGCGAUCUGCUGGUCAGGAUGGCUCAGACAGCCAGGCUGCAAAGAGGGUUCGGAGAGCAGCUACAGAUACCCAAACGUUCACUUCGCGUACGGUGACAAGCUCGACGCCGAAGCAAGCUCGUACUCUGGAUCUGAACGUCAUGAAGCGCACGACCAAGGUUCCACAGCUGUCUCGUCCAGUGGCGGCAUCACAGCAAGCUCGCCCACAACGUUCAGCAGCAACAUCGACACCUGUUCGUCUGCAACGUCCAGCGGCAUCGCCAGCACCACUUGCAAGACGUCAGGAAAGCGGAAUGAGCACCAGUUUGGUCCGUCAGUCCAGAUUGCGUAUCGACACCUCGAGCGAUGAAGAAGAGUUCAACCGAGAGGAGUUCAACGAAGAGCAGUACGGCAGACAGGAGCGCAACGAAGAGCAACUCGACCAAGAGGAGUUCGGCGAAGAGGAGCGCUUUGAGAUGGAACUCGAUCAAGAAGCACCUAACGAGGAGUAUGACCAGGAGGAGGAGGUUGGGCCUCAGGCUGGGUACGAUGAUGACUCGGACAUGCGAGAUGGCAAUGACGAAGCCCAAGCCGAUGAUCAAGGCUUUGACGAGGAGGGUGACGAGGAUGGGGACAAGCCUGAUGGGGACGAGGAUGGGGAUGAGGAGGGUGAUGAGGAUGGGGACGAGGAUGACAUCCCAUUUCCCGUCCCGAUCGUCGCUAACUCUGGGAGGCCACGUGCCAAGGACUAUGACAAGGACGUACAAGCGAUCCUUGACAUUGCAAACCAACUCUUCAGAUGUCGUGUUUCGACAAUCAAUGCGUUUCCUGGCCCUGACCAGGAGGUCCAGUGGGCGCAGCUAUCCUGGGGCGAAGCAUGCAGACAACUGAAUUACAGGUACGCGGCAAGUCCGCGUAUCAUCAAGAUUAUCACUGCACUCGAGAGCCUGUAUGGGUUCAAGAACUCGUCCUCGGCUAAGGCAAUUCGCGAGAAUCGUGAACUUGCUGAGAAUCUCAAGCGCGAAUCAGCAUUUGUGUACGAAGAGCCUGCUCUUGGACAGAACAACUAUGACGCACGCAAAGGAAUGUACCGCAGCCCGAUCAUCCAAAAGGCUGUCAACGCGAUGUGGUUUGCAAACAAGAACGACGAAGGUGUUCGCUAUCGCAAGUUCUUUGACCCGUUCUCAUUGGAAACCCUUGCAUUAGUUCUGACCGCAGUCCAAUGCGGCAUCGAUGAGUGGGGAGGAGGGGCACGGACCACCAUCUCAUUCAACGUCAAUGACUACCACUCGGUGUAUGAUACCCACAAGGCAAACCUCAAAGCAUUUGACCGCCUCUGCGAUGACGCUCAUGAGGUUCUGCUUGACAUCCGUCAGGAGCUUCACACGGAAGCACGAUUCCAUUCCGGUGCAGAGGCAAUUGACACGACACGGAAGUUGAACACAAUACCUCGUGAUGCUUUGACAUCUGCACUUCGCCAGGCCUUGGACGCAAAAGCUCAGGCGCGCAAUGGCGACGAAUGA